AUGUCGAGCAUCCCACCAGUUGUUACGAAGGAGAACGACGGAGUGUCAUUUCCCUAUCCGAUGCUAAGUCCUCACAAUUAUACUGUGUGGGCAAUAAAGAUAGAGGCGAUUAUUGAUGCCCAAGAAGUCUGGGAGGCGGUAGAGCCAGUGGAAGGAGCCCAGGUGGAUGCAAAGAAGGAUAAAAAGGCACGUGCAUACAUCUUGCAGUGUCUCCCUGAAGACAUACUUCUCCAUAUCACAAAAAAGAAGACGGCGAAGGAAGUCUGGGACAUCCUCAAGACGAGGUAUCUUGGUAGUGAUCGAGUGAAGAAGACACACGUACAAACGUUGAAGAGCGAGUUUGACACCCUCCGGAUGAAGGAGACUGAUACGAUUGAUGAGUUUGCUGGCAAACUCAAUGCUAUGAGCAGUAAGUUCUCCGCUCUUGGUGCCACGCUUGAAGAUUCAUCUUUGGUAAAGAAGUUGCUCGAUUCUAUCCCUGAUAAGUUCUUCCCUAUUGUUGUCGGUAUUAUACAGUUUCACAAUCUUGAGACGAUACCACUUGAGGAGACUAUUGGGCGACUGAAGGCGUACGAGGAACAAACACUACGAUUACGUGGCAACACCAACGACACUGAAGGAGAGCUCAUACUUACUCAUGUCGCAUGGCAAAUGCGACAUAAGGGGAGCAACGUGGACACUUCGUCAGGAGGCAAGGGGUGUGGGCCUAGCAGCCCUAGUUGUAGCAAAUGGCGUGGGCGAGGGCGCGGUCAUGGCCGUGGUACGCAGCGCCAAGAUAGUGCAGGAGGGCGGCAACAAUAG